UGUGCGCGCCUUCCUGCAAGUCACACAACAUUGCGCCAAGAGACAAAUUCUGUCCCUGGGUGCCGGGUUCGACUCGCUGUAUUUCCGUCUUUAUGGCGACGCGGCACUCAACAAGGCCGUUGUGUUUGAAGUAGACUUUCCAGAGGUGACCCGGCGGAAGGCGGCUCUGAUUCAAUCAAGUGUGUCGUUGUCGGAAAUGUUGGACUCCCAGCAUUCUCUUUGUUUGACAGGGCCUGUGUACGUCUCUAGCAGUCAAUACUUCCUGCUAGGGGUGGAUGUGAGACAUGAAUCCCAUGUAGAAGAAGCUCUGGUAAAGGCGGGACUGGAUCCAACUGCCCCCACUCUGAUUCUUUCCGAAGUGGUGCUGACCUACAUGGAAACACAAUGGUCAGAUGACAUCAUCAAAUGGGCAGCGAGGCUCUUGCCCCAGUCUCUCUUUGUCAUGUACGAGCAGAUCCAUCCCCAAGAUCCAUUUGGUCGCAUCAUGCAGGAGCAUUUCCUGAAACUGAAUUCCACUUUGCACGCGCUCCGACAAUAUCCCGACACCGAUGCACAAAGGCAGAGAUUCCUUGACAAGGCCAGUAUUUGCGAAAUUGCGAUAGCUUAAUUACCAUAUUCCCCUGAAAAAUGGCAGCAUUGACACAUUUAUUGACUCAAAUGCA